UAUCCUGCAGCCACAUGCGACAAAUAUCUAUGUCCGGAUACUCUCGCUUGUGUCCACUUCCCUCACCACUGUCCUUGUCCUCAUCCCGGCGUUGAGGAUAAAGUCGAGUUAGGCGACGGGAUAGCUAUAUGUGCUAGUAAAGGGGGAUUCAAGGCUGGCGAAGCGGCUCGCAAAGUCGAAUUGGCAAGGAAAGGUCUAUUAUGA